AUGGGAACACUUCUUGAAGCGGGUGCCGACGUGGAUGCAAUCGCUCCUUGUGAUCCUUCGGAUUUUGAUGAAUGGACACCAGUUUACAGCUCAGGUUAUUUGCCACCGGGACUUCACACAACGAUUGUCGAAAGUGUCUUCUACAGACACCCUCACUUUUUCAACCAAUUCUUGCGUUACAGCAGAGUACGACAAGGACAAUUGUCCCAAGCAAGACUACUACAAGCAGCCGUCGAGGGCUGUGAAGAACUUAGAGCGUACCUACAAACGAUUACUGCUGAUACAUCGGAGAUAAAUUGGCAUCUGGAGUCAUGCUUGGCUAAGACGUUUUCACUCAAAGAAACACCAGACUCAUGCUUCAUAGGGAGGAGAAUGCAACUUGUCCGUAACCUUCUAUUCUCCGAUGUCGAUCCAACAUUACCAUCAGCCUGCGGAGUUCUAAGUAUUCAAGCUAUGUUCAAUGUUCUGAUAGGGUGGGGCUACCAAUGGCUAGGGAAGAAAAACGAGCCCCUGCCACGGUGCUUCAAUGAGGUUCAGGAACAGCUGCUUAGGCAUGGUGCUCUUUGGGACGAGAGUGACUGGGACACCACUAUCUGUAUGUAUAGUCUGGGCAUACUACCGUUGCUGGGUACCCUUGGCUUUGAUAUCAGGAGUCUUGAUGGCAGAGCACUUUGUCGUGCCGCUGUUAUUGGAAAUCUCGAAGCUGUGCGAUGGUUAUUGGAUGCUGGCGCCGACGUCAAUGCCACAUGGACCAGAUCAGACGGGCUAUCGAAUGUUUUAUUCAUGGGGCAAGGCUUCCAGUGGAAAUCCGCGGAAACAGGCUUGUUCGAGUCCUGCACUGUGCACUACGGACCUAUCUGGGCUGGCAAGGCAGGGAUGAUCAAAGUCAUUUUAGCGUUGGGGCCAGAUUUGAGGUACCCACAUGCUGGUGACCCGGAUCUUCUAGAAGCCUGUUUCAUACAUUAUCCCCAGUUGGGGGAAGAAACCAACUGCUGCCUUGCCGCGAUCGAACUACUAUUGGAGCAAGGUGCUCCAGUAUCUUCAUCGGCCUUGGCUGCAGUCAUAGGGCUCGGAGGGCAGUCAGAUCUGGUUAACCAGCUGAUCCAUAAGGGCUCAGACGUUCAUAGCUAUGCUAUUGAACGGCGGCAGUUAUCAAUCGAUCAUGGUGUUGGGUUUAGGGUUGUGGACCAGGCCUUCUCGCCGGUCCAGGCCGCAGUCUAUCGAAACAAUCCAGAACGAAUAUCUCUGUUGCUGGAAAGGGGGGCAGACAUAAAUCAGCCAGGUUUUAAUGACCGUGGGGUAACAGCUCUCCAAGCCGCUUGUCAAAUCGAAGAACAGUAUUGGAAGCCCGGCACCCGUCUCAGGAUGGUCAAAUUUCUCCUCAAGCUUGGAGCCUACGCUGACGGUCUACCCGCGCAGAAGAAUGGGUUCUCUGCAUUGCAGAUUGCCGCCGCGAAUGGUGACCUCGAAAUCGCAUUAAUGCUACUUCACAGUGGUGCUGAUCCCAACACAUUGGAUACAGAUGAUCGGAGAGUUGGCAUAACAGCUUUGGACUUUGCAGCAGAGCAGGGCCGAUUGGACAUGCUCCAGCUUCUCUUGACGUUUGGAGGACGGAGUGGCUCUCCAGGAAAGACUGGAGUCGACGGAGCGAUAGAGCUUGCCCGAGAACGGCGAUGCUUUGCAAUCGUGAAAUACCUCGAAGCCCACGCUGACUCAAUAUCUGACUCAUUUGGAGAUUGGACACAUAGCAGAUUUUCACAGCUGGAUGCUCGCUUUGGGUUUAAUGAUAUUACUCGGACGUUUUUAUAA